UCUAAAUCAUAGCAUCACAUCGCCAUCGCCAUCGCCAACACUACACUCUCGCUCAGACCCACGACCGUCUCCUUAUUUGAAGGUGGGGGAUACUAACUGGCGCUCUCACCGCAAUAUCCCAUUCACGGGUAUCCGCCGCCGCAAACUCGCCCACAAUGGCACUCUGUACAUCCUGCCGCCUCGCCCUCCGCCGCUCCAUCACCAACAUCUCACGCACGCCCCAACACACCACCACCCGAACCCUCACCACCAAGCCCCUGGCCGCCUCCAUCCUCUCCAAACCCUCGUGGUCCAUCCGCAGCCUGCUCCCCUCGUCGUCCUCGGCCGCGCCAGAGCCCAUCACGCCCGCGCAACUGCACCACCUCCUGCGCCUCUCCGCCCUCCCGCUCCCCGCCACGCCCGAGGCCGAAGCCGCCAUGAUCUCCACCUUGCAAAGCCAGCUGCAGUUCGUCCGCGCGGUCCAGCGCGUCGACACCAGCGGUGUAGAGCCCCUGCGCGCCAUCCGUGACGAGACGCCCGAGGCGCAGGCGGAGAAUACGGUUGGCUUGGCGGAUCUCGAGGACGUACUUGGGCGGGAGGCCCGCGUGGGCCAUUACCAACGGCCAAAGAGGGUACGGGACAAGGUUGAGUCGGAGGCGGAGAAGUGGGAUGCGCUAGGGACGGCCUCGCGGAAGGCGGGUAGGUAUUUUGUUGUUCAGAGCGGGAAAAAGCAGGCGGCCGAGGGAUCGGAUUGAGUCGGACGACUUUGUUUGUGGGAUACAUCACUUGUAGAAGGCGUCGACGAUCCGAAUGCAUGGAUAUUCAGGAUUCCGGGAACACGGAUUAUACCCCAUUGUACAACAGCUGCCGUGGAAACACUCCCUAUGCCGAAUAUCGAAUUGUAUCUAUCUAUAGUCAUGAUGCUCGCUCGAGUCCUCGUCUGCAAUGGUAUAAACCGCCUGUCGCCUGUAGCCUGUCCAAACACCUCAACAAAACCGUCCAGCAACACUUUAUGCUUGAUUAUAAUCAUUAAUUCCCCUCUUUUCAGUCUUUACUUUUUUGGUCCGAGUCCGUCA